AUGGCUUCUGCAUCGAACACCUUCCCUCCAAGCCAGAACAAUUCCUCCAACAACCUUCCAACGUCUAGACAUGCGUCCAUUGUGGAGAUGUUAUCUACUCCUCCAUUGAUUCCUCACGUCCAAGUGAAUGAAGCAGACGAUAAAGAACAGGCAGAAGAGCUCACGCCGCUAGGUGUAGCUGCAGUAGCAGCUACACCUAGCACAGGUGCGGCAGCUACGCCUGCCCCCUUGCGCGAGGACAAAUUUCAAUUCAAACUAUCAGCUGUUCCUAUGACACAGACUCCGUCGCAAUGCCUGUCGUGUGUCCAUGCCCAAAAAUGGCAACACAUCCCUCUUUCGCAAUUGAUAGAACAAAAUAAGCUUAUUUUCGUUCCAGGCUCUAUAUCGGUAGAGGAGGCAUUUAACACUUUGAUUAAGUACCAUCUAAACUCCAUUCCCGUGGAGUCCUUUCCUGGAGACAUGAACUGUUUUACAUUUGACUAUAAUGACCUUAAUUCGUAUCUUUUGUUGGUCUUGAAUAAAAUAACAGUCAGCAACAAACAGCUCACUUCAGAUUGCCAGAAUGGUAAGCCUGUACCAGUCGGCGAAAUGGUGAAGUUAACUCCCAAGAAUCCUUUUUAUAAACUGCCAGAGAAUGAGAGUUUAUCCACGGUGAUGGGGAUUCUUGGUUCAGGUGUACAUCGUGUAGCCAUAACGAACGAAGAGAUGACCAAGGUUAAAGGUAUCCUGUCUCAACGUCGUUUAAUAAAAUAUCUUUGGGAUAAUGCUAGAUCGUUUGCAAGUCUAGAACCCUUAUUAAACUCUUCGCUACAAGAUUUACACAUCGGUGUUCUCAACAUCCAAUCUAAGCCAACUUCAAGGCAGUCUAGAGUCAUCUCCAUUCAAGGCGAAGAACCAUUGAUCAUGGGCCUUUAUAAAAUGCAUGUGGAAAGAAUUUCUUCCAUUGCAGUCAUCGACAAGCAAGGUAACUUGUUAGGUAACAUAUCGGUAACAGACGUAAAACACGUUACAAGAACUUCCCAGUAUCCCUUAUUACACAAGACAUGUCGUCAUUUUAUUUCUGUCAUCUUAAAUUCUAGAGGUCUAGAAACAGGUAAGGAUUCUUUUCCUAUUUUCCAUGUAUACCCUAGUAGUUCAUUAGCAAGGACUCUUGCUAAAUUGGUUGCAACAAAGUCUCAUAGAUUAUGGAUCGUGCAACCGCCAGAGUCGUCCAAUUCUACGUCGUCCACCAACUUAACUGCUUCUAACACUGUAGCCAAUGCAGCCUCUGCCACCGCCCAAUCAUCAGCGAAUGGUACCGCCUCGAUGUCAAAGUCAUCCUCUUCAACAUCCCUUAACUCUCAUUCCCCAUUGAUGACGGCAAUGGAAGACCCACCAUCUCCACGUUCCUCAGCCAUUGCAAUUCCCCCACCAAGUCCCGCUUCUUCCACGAACACACCAAACCUGUUUGAAAAAGAGUAUAGAACGGGUAAAUUGAUCGGUGUGGUUUCAUUGACAGACAUCAUCAACUUACUAGCAAGGAAACAAACAGGAAAUAAGGAAGUUGAUCCUCAAUCCGCAAGAAGACAGAGAGGUAGCAUCGCUAUGUGA